GGUCCUUUGUAUCCAAGCGAUAUUUGCGCGUAUGCAAGGAAGCGGUGUGACCUUCAAUGUCAAGUAUAGUAUCCGGUGGUAGUAUAGAGAAUUUACAAUCGAAUUGGUUAAUCGAUCUAAGGAGCUAAGAAGGAUUUUGACGAGAUUUGAUGUAUUGAUUGCAGAUGAGUGCUACUUGAAAAGGCAUAUAAAAUUGUUCUGGCGGAAUCUGAUUGUCUUUCGAUUAAUAUUGAAUCCUAUUUCGAUUGAAAGGUUGAAGGCAGUCGAGAGAGAACAGUCGAGAAAUGACCAAAAAUAGUAUAAGAAUAAUUGUGUGUGUUGCCCUAGUUGUCGCAGGAAUAGCAUGCAUUAUAUCAGGAAUUAUUCUCCUUCACGAGAAGUCUGUCGCUUCGUGUCACAAGGAUCACUAUAGUCCAAAAGCCUCUUCGAUACUUCCAGUUACUUGCAACUAUUCCCAGGAAGCACUACGCGUUGGACUGCCUGAAUUCUUACAGAAAGUACAAGACACAUUUUACGAUCUUCAUCCGGAGAAAAUUUACUUAAAGCCGAACGUUUUGAAGAAGGAAAUUCUGGAAAAGUUUCAAGGGUACGAUCCUUCGCCUGCCAAAAUAAAACUAACAACUGACAAAUCCUUCGAGUUGCUGGCAGAAAUAAAAGGCAAAAAGAUUACGAAACAACUGUUGAAACCUCGCGAGCGAAAGGCUUUAUCUCAAGUCAUGCAUUAUUUACAACACGUUUUUGGUAUGCCUUAUGAUGGUAAUUACUACACUGGGUACUAUCUUCUUGGACCAGGCUUUUUUUGUGUAGAAAUGCAGUCUAUCUGUACUUUUACUCGACUAUUUAGUCAUUGGAUCGUACCACCUUCUUCAGUAAACGAGGUUCAAAUAUUAUUGAAUAAGAUCAAAACCUUAAACCACACUUUUAGCCAGUACAGACAAAACUUAAUAGAUGGAGUGAGAGCCGGGAUGGUGAGAGACAUCGAUGACUGCAAAAGAGGCCUUCACUCCUUUUUUGUUUUCUACAGGAACAUGAAUAAAGUAGAAGAUGUGAUGAGACAAAGAAUUGCCAAAGGAUUGACUAGGGAUUCGACUUUGGACAAACUAAGUAAAGAGGAAAAGGAAAAAUGGUUUACUAAGUACAAUAAGACCGUUAAACAAGACAUCCGAGAUCACGUGUUAAAAUACAUUGGCGAACCUUUAUACAAACUGAUCACAUAUCUUAAAACCACCUACCUCGAGCACUGCUUGCCUGUGAAUGAAUCCAGUGGAUUAUCAGGUCUGCCUUUGACUCAUGUGUACAUUAAUGGUUCGAAAACCAACCAAUUAACUUACCCGUACUUACCAACUGGCCAACGACUUAACGGCUCCAAGGCCUAUGAAAGUAUCAUGCCGUAUUUUACUACAAGUGACAUCACACCCAAUGAAGUACAUGACCUGGGAUUGAAAAUGAUAAACAAGUUAUAUGCACAGGUACUCGAGUUAGCUCGCAACGAAACCCACACAUCCAAUACCACGCAAGCAAAAGAAAUGUUUGCACGCAAGUUAAACGAUUCAUCGAUGUUCUACGGCGCGGAUCUGAUCCCUGAGAUAGAAUCAAAUGCAACAGCACAUGAACGAUGUACAAGCAGUUCAAGUGCAAAGACGUAUUGUCCUGUUCGAUAUAAAGCGAUGCAGAGAUUGGUAAAGGAUCUUUAUAAAGUAAUGAGUCUUAUGGAUUCCAAGACUGUGGAAAUGUUUUAUUUCACAGGCUCAAAACAUACAACACCCAACUGUCCAGUCGAUGUCAUCAUACAAUACAGUCCUCAAUUUCUUAUUGAACAAUAUCAUGGAAUUUAUCCGGAUUGCCACAGUUCAUCUCGUGUUUCAAUACCAUUUCACGUAAGACGACUAGGACCAAAGUACGGCAAGUGGACUAUGAUUGGACAUGAAGCCAGACCUGGACACCAUACUCAGACUCAGGGGCUUUUGGAACAUUUUCGUGAUCUUUGUGGAGGGGUGAUUGGAUGGUUGGAUACCAUGACGAGGUACACAGCGUUUAACGAGGGUUGGGCUGUGUAUGCAGAAUACCCAUUGAUUCCUGUGGACAUGGAAAUGUACGCCAAUAAACCAAUGUACAAAUAUGGAAUGCUUAGAGGUCAGCUGUGGCGCGCAAUUCGCCUAGUAGUGGACACCGGAUUGCAUUAUAAAGGUUUUUCCCACCAAAAAGCUCUUCAGUACUUUCAAGAGUACAUGUGGGAAACAAGUGACGUCAUGCAACAGGAAGUGAUGCGUUAUCAAAGCGUCCCCGGACAAGCAACCGCGUACAUGGUUGGUCAACAGCAUAUCAUAAAACUACGUGAGCAUGCGCAGAAGGAGUUAGGCAAGUCCUUCAAUCUUAAAGAUUUUCACUACCAUAUUUUAAAACACGGCUCUACUCCUCUUAGCUACCUUACUGAAAGCAUCGAUGAAUAUAUACGAUGCACUAAGAACAUUAAGGAUGUUGGGUGCGAAUAUGUACUAACUAGGGAGGGGUUGGGAAAACCCGAAGGAUCUGAUUACAUCACCAAUAUUGACGUAGAUUCAAAUUUUAUACAUAUGACUGAGAGCUAUUAUUAGCAGUAUUGAUAGCUUUGUGUCAAUCAUUUGACUCUGAUAAUUCUUUUCAUUGCUUGUUUACAUACCAUAGAACUACCUAUACCUAUACCUAUACCUAUACCUACACCUAUACCUAUACCUAUACCUAUACCUAUACCUAUACCUA